UUCUUGGAGGGAAUGGUGAUGGAGUUGGCUGUCACGUAGUUCUGCCCGCCCGACAUCCCGACAAGUUAAAUUCGUCAGUCGGCCAGUGGAAACUUCGACACACGUCCAGUUUCCUGGUAGGUCGGACGGUCGGUGCAUGUAUAGUGUCCUAUACACACGAGCUCCACCCCUUAGCUUUGCUAAAUGUUAGCGCCGUCUGCCCUCAGAGGGCGCGACUGUUGCUCGGUUGUAUUAGAGGGGCACGACAAAAUAAGUCACUUCUGCUCCGAAGUUCGUCGGCAAUAGCAGGUAUCUUAUCAGCCGAUCAAUGGCGGUUCCAUCAGACGACCGAAAUAGACAGGAGCAGGAAGAUGUCAGCGGUGACGACGAGUUUCCUGAACUUCAAUUGCCACCGUUCACUGCAGCUGUGCCCCUGGAGCAGGCGGCGCCCCUGCCGCUGCCUUCAGAGGUCGAGAUGAGCCUGAGCGCUCUACGGGCGAGCCGCCACAUGCUCUCCAAGCUGCUGCGCUGGUUCGCCGCGCGGCCGCUGGGCCAACGAGCGCUCGAGGCCGUGGGAUACACGCUGACCACCGUGGAGCGCGCCACCAUCUGGGCCGGGUCCGCCGCGGGAGAAGCUGCUGAUCGUCAGCCGUUGCCUUUCGCGUGGUACCUCAUGAUGCCUCUCGUUGUGGGGUUGAUGGUCGUCAGGACUGGAGCUGCUCUAGCAGAGAGGUACCUCGACGUCCAGCUGCCGGAAAAUAGGGAAUUGGUGAGGUGGCUCGAAAGAGAACGCAUUGAGCUGGAAGAGAUUCAGGCUGAGGAAGCGUGCAACAUCCGCACCCAGUUGGUCGACAUAAACAAUACCACGCACAGCUUUCUAAGUACGUGGCCAUUCAACAUUCCGUACGUGGCGGCGCAACAACUUGGGAUCAUCCCGGUGAGAGUUGAUAAGCAAUCAUCAGGUACUGAAUUAACGUCGUUGCCGCGCCUGGAGCCCUUGACGAGGCCCUCCUCGUCAGACUCGUCGUCGACCCUGACUGAAGUAGCAAAACGUGCGACACCCAAAAGAGAGGCUGAAGAACCGCCGACGACAAAUCCAGAGAAAAAAAGACGGACUGCGGGGCAGCCACAGCAAUCGGGCUCUCCUGAGCACCAUCUGUCCACUGAGAAGGCGGAGAAGGCGGCCAUGAGCGUCGUACCUCCACCCCCGCCACAACCAUCGGUACCAUGUGUGUCCUCGAAGGACCCGCUGGCUGUUGAGGAUACCUCUCACUCAGAAGAAGCCACGAGCAGAAAAAAGAAAGCAAUCUCGAAAGCCCCAAAGGCCUCGCUCCUCCUCAGUCUGUUUGGGCCGAAAUUAUUUUAAAAUAUUUCCGCAUAAAAUUGUACUAUUAUUGAGAAAGUAUAAACAAGAAAUUGUAUUAGCCUUAGAUGAGACAAGUGUUCUGAUAUUAGUAUUUUAACGUCUAUGGAAAGGGAAUUUUAAUAUACCAAAGUUAAUACUAAAUAAACCAUAUUAAAGGAAAUAUAGUUCCAUACGAAACCUUGAUUUCGUAUGCAGGUGACCCAAGAAAAGGAAUUCCAAAGUAUUUUAGACAUAUGCCUAUAGUGAGUUGUAGCAUGCCUUCAAAUUGGGAAUCCAUUAAACUCUGCUCUGGUUAGCAAA